AUCUGACAUUGUAUUGUUCCAAUAUCCCAGUGGUUUUGAACGCGCCAUCUUAUCAAAGUGAAAGUUGUUAACGUUAGUCAACACACUGCAACUGCAGCGCUACAAGGAAAUAUAUCGAUUGUGGCAAAAUAUGUUGCUAUAGAACGACAUAUGCAAGGGUAGAAAAAGCCUAGACGAUAACAAAAUGAGCUGUCUGCAAGAUGAAUUUGAGCUGGAGAAAAGUGUCCGGCGGUUCAGGGAGACAUUCCAUGGAAAGAUAGCGGUGGAAAAGGCAACCUUACUGAUGAGACGCUAUGCCAACAAACAUCAAAUGGUCACCUGGGCAGUUAUACUGAAGAAAGGCAACGAGCUGGAUGAUGAGGACAGAAAAUGCUUACAGACGGAUCAGGCAGUCAAGAAUGUGGUGCAGAGACUCACAGCUGAGGACAGGGAACCUCAGGUCCCUCCUGCACAACAGCCCCGAGGUAGCAGACAGCCUGAAGACGAUAAUGAUAUCAAGGAGCUGGGAGAGCGUCUGCGGGUCCUGCCUCUCACUGAGAAGAACAAGAGAAUGUUUGAUAAUGCCCAGCGCCACCUCACCCCCUCUGUCCUGCACCAGUUUGCCUGCCAGACCUGUGACAAGGACUGGUGGCGUCGGGUACCCCAGAGGAAGAGGGUAUCUCGCUGUCACCUGUGCAAGAAGAAAUAUGACCCUGUCCCUUAUGACAAAAUGUGGGGUAUUGGAGAGUUCUGCUGCACCAAAUGCACACGCACCUUCAGGGGCUUUGGGAGGAUGGAUUUGGGCUCCCCCUGCUACUCCUGCCGAACUCUGGUGAUCCCAACAGAGAUUCUUCCUCCACGCAAGGGAGGGGUAGGAGGAGCAGGACCCAGAAAACCUAUCCCACACAGCUGCCUCGCUGAGGACUGUUACAACAGACAAGAGCCCCAUGUUCCUGGGACAGAGUGUGUCCACCCCCGCAGUCGCCAGAGGAACAGGAAGCCUCGCGUGGUCAAUCCCAGCUCCGUCCACAUCAGCUCCGGCUCCACCGUCAACACCUGCCUGAGCCAAGGAAGCCUGGAGAACCUGUACGACCUCAUCAUGGAUGACAUCAGAGAGGAGAGUGAAGAGGACAACAGUAGUGGUAGCAGCAGCAGCUAGAGCAGCACUGAUGUUACCAGUGACCAACAGUCGUGAGCAGCUUCCAUGCUUCCCCAAUUGUGCUUCCAACGAUCAGGAUAUGAUCACUUUUCUUAGGUUCACAUUCAGUGUAAGGAUGGCAUCUCAUAGGCCUACUGACAUAGUAUUGGUUGUACUUUCCUUUCAUUUUUAAAAACCAUGAAAAUACCGCUCAAUAUUCACAACAGUCAGAUGAUAUAAGUGAGAUGAUAUAACUAGUUUCAUGUUUUGCUUUUGUCUUUGUUUAUGCUUCUUGAAGUGUUGCCACGUGUUGUUGCUGUUGCUUUGUUAAUGUCUGAAUGAUAAGGGGAGAUUGACCGCACUGGCUACUGCCCAUAAUCCUGACUUUACUUUUGGUUAUCUAUUCAGGAGAUACCUUUCUAGUAAUGUGUGUGUUCAAAUAGAUUUGUCAUAUCAACUUGAACAAGAAUAUAUUAUAGAACACAAAUAAUGCAUUUUGUCCCC